AAGUGACGACAACGGAAGGGGCGCCCGCCACUGCGCCAUGGCCGAGGAGCUGGCGGGGAGCCCGCCAGAGGAAACGUUGUCGCUCUGGAAACGGGAACAAGCCCGGCUGAAGGCCCGCGUCGUAGACCGGGACACGGAGGCGUGGCAGCGGGACCCCGCCUUCUCGGGCCUGCAGAGGGUCGGGGGCGUGGAUGUGUCCUUUGUGAAGGGCGACAGUGUCAGCGCCUGCGCCUCCCUAGUGGUGCUCAGCUACCCUGAGCUCGAGGUGGUGUAUGAGGACUGCCGCAUGGUGAGCCUGACGGCCCCCUACGUGUCAGGCUUCCUGGCCUUCCGAGAGGUGCCCUUCCUGGUGGACGCAGUGCGGCGGCUGCGGGAGAAGGAGCCCCACCUCAUGCCCCAGGUCCUUCUUGUAGAUGGAAAUGGGGUGCUCCACCACCAAGGCUUCGGGGUGGCCUGUCACCUCGGCAUCCUCAUAGACCUGCCGUGCAUCGGGGUAGCCAAGAAACUCCUGCAAGUGGACGGGCUGGAGAACAAUGCCCUGCACAAGGAGAAGAUACGACUUCUGCGGGCCAGAGGAGACUCUUUUCCUCUGAUGGGAGGCUCUGGAACUGUCCUGGGCAUGGCCCUGAAGAGCCACGACCAUAGCACCAAGCCCCUCUACAUCUCUGUGGGCCACAAGAUCAGCCUGGAGGCGGCCGUGCGCCUGACCCUCGUCUGCUGCAGGUUCCGGGUCCCAGAGCCCGUGCGCCAGGCUGACAUCCGCUCCCGAGACUACAUCCGCAGGACCCUAGGAGUCCCCGGGCCCCCCGCCUCAGGGCGGGAGAGGAGCCAGAAGGCACAGAGGCCAAAGGCGUGCCCCCAGUGGGGCUCAGAAGAGCCUGCAGGUGAGGGCAGACCCCUCGAGGCCCACAGCCCAGGCCCCAGGACCCACCGGAAAGCCCCAGACCCAGUCACCCAGGAGCAGUAGGGCAUGGGCUGGGAGUGGAGCAGAGUGGACGCUGCAAAAAGUCUCAGGCCGCCUGCCACCCCACUCCAGCCUCGGAGCAGUAACCGGCCCUGGGGGAGUGGCCCCCACAGCACCAGAUGGGGUGCCAGGCCCCGAGGACACAAGACACAGCCGGCAGGGGUGGCUGCCCCUGCUACUCCACAGUGGGUCACGAGGCCUGGGGCGGCCCCGGAGAGAGCUCAGUGGAAGACAUUGCUCACAGGGCAGAGCAGCAGACCCAGAGAGCAUGUGAGAUUAUCCCUCAGGAGCACGGGAAGGGGAUUCAGGGUUUAUGGGGUUCUUUGGGUGUUUUUUGUUUUUUUCUAAAAGUGCCCAGGUGGGCUUACAGCUGCUGCCUGCAUGUCCAUCCACAGCUCCUCCUGGCCCAUCCCUCCUUCCAAUACACAUGCCGCUGCUUUUUUUGUUUUUGCUUUUCUUCAUUUUUAAACCAGCCCUCCCUCACCCUGCCACACUUAACCGCCUCUGCCCCGACCUGGGAAGGGUCCAAGCGGAGGUGGCCCUGUCACGCUCAGCCCCUGGCUGCCCUGGCCGCCUUCCAGUGUGCCUGCUGCUGGCACACGCCAGGGCCUGGAGGAAGCGGGGAAGAGCAUCAUCUCAGCCUGGAGAGGCCCAAGGGGGACAGGCACAGACUGAGGGGCUGGGUGUCAGGCUCUGCUGCCCUGGCCGGGGGCCCUGAGAGUGAGCAGCCCCAUCCAGGAAGCCGGUUGAGGCCGUGUCCCCACUGGGUUCGCCUGCCGAUAGCUCUCCCCUGUUCCUGCCAGCACAGCAACUUCCCCGCUGCCAGCUUCCUCCCCCAGAGGACCAGCCUCAAAACUCAUCUCCACUGUAGGGAAGCACGGCACUGCCCACAGCCCCUGGGCGCCCCCUCAACAAGCAGCCGCCAGUCCUCCACCUGCCGGCUUGCCCCCCCAGACCUCCAGUCUCCCUAAAGACUCUGGAAUCUUGGCUGAGAGGCAUGAAGAAACCUGUGGAGGCCUUUCUUGCCAUUCAUGUUGCCUCUCAAGAAGGUACUGGUUGUCAUGGUUUGACAGCUUGGGACAGAGGGAGGGCCUGGGUCUCAGCAUGCUCUCCAUGCCCCCUCUGGUAUCUCUCCUUUCAUUCAUGAUGAGAAGUGAGCUCUCCGCCGGGGCCUGAACCCCUGGGAGAAGCAGAGGGGACAAGUGAGCUGGGCAGCCUCCGGUUUGGGCCGGCAGAGCUCUGUGCCCCUUCCCUCCUCCUGAAGCCCCCUUGUGAGGCAGGGCCUCAGGUGGGGGCUGUGGGCAGGCCGAGCCUGCGGCGGCUGGCCCAUUUCAUGGUAGCAGCCUCUAUUCAGGACAUUUCAGUAGUAAGCGGGGCCACCCAGGUGCUUGUGGGGCUCCACUUGAUGGCCCACCAGGGUGAGCAGGUUCUAGCAUGUUCCACAGGUGCCUUUGAGGGGACUCCUGUAGGUGGGAAGGACCGACCCAGGUUCUGAUCUCCAGUCCUGCUCAAGCUGCCUUCCCAGGUGUCUGCCCUGGCACCUCCUCUCUCACCUCAGCUUCCACUCUCUGCCCCGUCCUAGGACUGAGAAAACCCCUGCUCCUCACAGCCAGGGGUGCGCCAGGGGCCCUCAGUCCCUCCCUGCCUCCCCAGCAGGCCCCGGGCCGUCUGCAGACCCGCCCCAGGCGCCGGAUGCUGUGCCCGUGACUUCAGACCCCGCACCACAGUCCCCAUUUCUUUUGGCUCACCUGUGCCCACACGCACGUGGUGCCCCAGCCUCCCCUCAGGGCCGAGUGAGACGCACACAGUCUGUGUCUUGGGGAAGACAGUGGAAGGCAGCAUCCCGUGGAGCUCUGAGAGCGGGUCCCCUGAUCGGAACCUGUCUUCUCACCAGGGUUAUAAACACUGGCUUAGUCAGGUUUGGGCGGGAGUGUGAGGAUAUGUGUCAAGUGUCUUGCCCGGCGGUGGACACACUGUUUCUGGUAAAUGAAGGAGGGGUGGGAGUCCAGCACCAAGAGGGCUCCCGAAUGAGAUGUUAGUGGUCAGGGGGAGGGACAGCCUGUCCCCCUAGCAUCUGUCCCAUGGGGUCCUUUCUGAGGUGAGAGGGAGCAUGGUCACUGGGCACAGACAGGCCUGGGCAGGGCUCCUCCAGGGGGCUCACACCUUGACUAAGCACAGCCAUGGGCCUGGGGGCCACAAGUCGGGGGGCAAGAACCGAUAGCGCUGCACCAUUCUCACCCUUGAGCUGGGGGCUUAGGCACCCCCCAUACGUGUCCCCAGACCCAGUGAGGCACGGGUGAGGCAGGUGUGUGCGUGGCCCUGGGAGAAAGAGGCCGAGGCAGGACAGGGAGGACUGGUGAUGGGGUGGCCUUGCCUGGAGCAGGGCGUGGGGGUCUGAGCAGGGGAGGUGCUGGCUCCACGUGGCUCCCACAGUACCCAGAUUUCUGCCCGCCCUCAGGGCACCCGUGGACAAGGGAAGCAGUGGCACUUGGCUGGGGCUCCAGGCAGCAGCUGCCUCAUCCCACCCACCUGCUGAGUCCAAGGGCGCCGAGCCACCCCAGACGUGCCCAAGCCUGGUGCCCAGGAUGCUGUGCCAGGGUGGCCAGGCCACAGCGCCCUCAGGAGACUCAGCCCCAGCCUGCUGCCCGUGUAGGUCCUGUGGCCUCCCCAACAAAGUUCUUGGCCCUCCCUGCCUGGUGCUCCAUGGCCACUGCCCUCCUAACUUCUUCCAGGUCUUUCCCUGCUCAGAGCUCAUCAGGACCAGGGGGUGGAGGGGAAUUCAGAGCACAGGAUGGAAGCCAGACAGAGCUGGCUGGGCCUGACUGCCUUGUACCGACUGGCUUUGGGCAAAGCUGGGAGCCUCUGGUGGGGAUAAUGCCUGUCCUGCCUCGCCAGACAGCUGUGCCCUGUGUGGAAUGGGCGUGGCCCAGAGCCUGGCACAGUAAGUCCUUGACAAAGGAAGUGACAUGUUUCGAGAAGUCGGGCCACGGAGGCCAGGAUUCAUGGCCAUCAGUCUGCAAGGCCAUGCUAACUCUGGUGACAAGAAGAAAGAGGAAGGUAAAGGAGUCCUUGUCUCCCACCAGGCUCCUCACGCCACCUUGAGCCCCAGAACACAGGCCUGCAAGAGCUGCACAGACAGAACCCUGCCUCCUGCCCACCGCACGCCCAGGCGGCAGGACUGCUGCCCAUGGGUGCUGGGGGGCUCGGGGUAAUGCCGCAGCAGUGUCCCCUGGGGACCCACCUCUUUCUAGGGGAUGUGCAGAAAUGGCCAUAGCCUCCUACUGGGGUGGGCGUGGGGCUCUGCUUAGAGACGCCAGUUCCCCAAUGGCAGAGAGGUGGGUGGGGCUUCCAGACUGAGGUUAU